AGCGGCGUUUCGGGACGGGGCACUGCGCAUGCGGAGCUCCAAAUUCAAACAGCUGUUUCCAGAGGCUGAAAGGGUGGGCGGACCUAGAGCCGUAGGGGCUCUGGAAGGCUUUCUUCAGGCUGUGGCCACUCGAGAGCCAUGGUAGACCGGGGCCCUCUGCUUACCUCGGCCAUCAUUUUCUACCUGUCCAUCGGGGCGGCGAUCUUCGAGGUGCUCGAGGAGCCUCACUGGAAGGAGGCCAAGAAGAAUUACUACACGCAGAAACUGCAGCUUCUCAAGGAGUUCCCGUGCCUGGGCCAGGAGGGCCUGGACAAGAUCCUGCAGGUAGUAUCUGAUGCUGCAGGACAGGGAGUGGCCAUCACAGGGAACCAGACCUUCAACAACUGGAACUGGCCCAACGCAGUCAUUUUCGCAGCCACAGUCAUCACCACCAUCGGCUAUGGCAACGUGGCCCCCAAGACCCCCGCUGGACGCCUCUUCUGCAUUUUCUAUGGUCUCUUCGGGGUGCCACUCUGCCUGACAUGGAUCAGCGCCCUGGGCAAGUUCUUUGGGGGACGUGCCAAAAGACUUGGCCAGUUCCUCACCAAGAGAGGUGUGAGCCUGCGGAAAGCACAGAUCACAUGCACAGCCAUCUUCAUUGUGUGGGGCGUCCUGGUCCACCUGGUGAUCCCGCCCUUUGUCUUCAUGGUGACGGAGGAGUGGGACUACAUCGAAGGUCUCUACUACUCCUUCAUUACCAUCUCCACCAUUGGUUUCGGUGACUUCGUGGCUGGUGUGAACCCUGAGGCCAACUACCACGCUCUCUAUCGGUACUUUGUGGAGCUCUGGAUCUAUCUGGGGCUGGCCUGGCUGUCCCUCUUUGUCAACUGGAAGGUCAGCAUGUUUGUGGAAGUCCACAAAGCCAUUAAGAAGCGGCGGCGACGGCGGAAGGAGUCCUUUGAGAGCUCCCCACACUCCAAAAAGACCCUGCAGAUGACAGGGAAUGCGGCCUCUAAGGAUGUCAACAUCUUCAGCUUUCUCUCCAAAAAGGAGGAGACCUACAAUGACCUCAUCAAGCAGAUUGGGAAGAAGGCAAUGAAGACGAGCGGGGGUGGGGAAAGGGUCCCGGGGCCCGGACCAGGGCUGGGACCUCCAGGGGGUGGGCUACCAGCCCUCCCUGCCUCCUUGGCCCCGCUGGUGAUCUACUCCAAGAACCGCGUGCCCAGCUUAGAAGAGGUGUCACAGACACUCAGGAGCAAAGGCCAUGUGUCAAGGCCCUCCAGUGAGGAGGCUGGGGCGGGCUGCCCGAUGGAUGGCUCCCCAACCCCUGAGGUGUUUAUAAACCAGCUGGACCGAAUCAGUGAAGAGGGCGAGCUGUGGGAUGCCCAGGACUACCACCCACUCAUAUUCCAGAAUGCCAAUAUCACCUUUGUGAGUGAGGAGGCUGGCCUCUCAGACGAGGAGACUUCUAAAUCUUCACUGGAAGACAACCUGGCUGUGGAGGAGCAGCCCCAGGAGGAGGCUGAGGCUGAGGCGCCCCUGCACCUAGGCGAGUUCCACUCCUCAGACGAGUCAACCUUCACCAGCACCGAGUCUGAGCUCUCUGUGCCUUACGAACAGCUUAUGAACGAGUACAAUAAGGCAAACAGCCCCAAAGGCACAUGAGGCAGGCCCGGCUCCCCACCCCACAGUUGAUGGCUUCUUCCCCCUCACCCUGGGGUGUCCUUUGAUGGCUGGGACCCCGGCCCCUGGUGGGGGGACAGCCUUGAAACUGGGAGUGGGGGGCCAGGGGCCUUCUUUACCUUCCCUCCCCUCUAGCUAUAUGCCCAAGACAAAACCUCUGUUCUACAGCUGAACAAGUACCAGCAGUGGG